AAAGAAACACACAAGUAGAUCAGCACAAAUCAGGUUGCAACAGAGGCCCUAUCUCCUAUCCUCCGAAUGACAGAGGAUAAUUGUCUCAAUGGAGAGUAAUGGAUCUACCAUUGCAUUAGAUUUCCUGUGUGUGCUCAUUAAACAGGUUUGGGCCUGGCUCCUAUUUGGGAAUAUCCAACUGAUUUAGACUCACUGCAUACAUGAUCUAACCAGCAGACUGAAUUCAUAUCCCAAAAUAAAUCUUGAUCUCUUAGCAUUGAAAAAUAACCUCAGCUCACUUUGGCCCAGCAGGAAGCAACAUCCUUAACUGCAGUGAGGAAGGAGCAAUGCACCUUCAAGGGAGGAGCAGCAUUGUCAGUGGAUUACAGAGUUAUUGCUGCUCUCAGCUGUUUUGCCUGCAGUUCAUUCCCAACCAAUGUUGCAAACACGGGUUAUUGCCUCAACCAGUACCACCAGUGUAUCAUUUCCACCAGAAUUGAAUUGCUGGUGUGGCUGUGCAAAAGGAUGCUGCAAACUUUCUUGAAAGGAGAUUGGACUUCGGUAGAUCAUUAAUCUGAGUGAACUAUCAGUUUGUUUUCAAGACUAUCGAGCAAAUGGUUGACCUUAGUACCUGCCUGUUUUCAACGUGUCCAUGAGGGACAAUUUUAUUGCUGUUAUUGAUUUCUGCAGAUAUCAUUAAAAUGGCCAUGUGUCUGUCACCAGUUUCAUUCAAAAGAACUCCACAUACAUUGAUGAUGAAGUCUGUCAUCACAAACAACAAGGAAGUUAAUUGAGAGGUAUUCAAUACUCCCAGCAGUUGUUGCAUUUUCAAACAUCUUUUGAGGAAUGGUGUGUAGAACAGGAACAGAAUGGUGUGAAGAUCAACAGUGAAAGGGCUCAAACUGAACACCGUCAUUUGUCCUUUGUUAUUGGAAAGGCUUCUGUGACCCAAAAUGUGAAAGACAGCCAGCAUCUCACUGAACUCGUGAUUACUUAAUAUGUCAACCCAAUAUUCAGAGUUAAAGACUUAUUGCCAGUUCACAGAAACUAUUCUUUUUUGUAGAAACAGGCGCCUGCUGAUGAUUAUUUACAAAAAAAGGCACAAAGUGCUGGAGUAACUCAGCGGGACUUGCAGCAACCCAGGAGUACAUGGAUAGGUAACGUUUCGUGUCAGAUUGAUGAAGAAUACUAUUUUUUUCUUAUUGUUGGAUCCUUUAGGGAGUUGUCCUCAACAGAGUUAAAAUGUAAACUUUGGUUACAUAUCCACUGAACAUUAUUCCAAUGUGCUCGGUGAAUUUUCCGUUCCAAUUCAUGAAAAGUUUACGCUGAUGUUUUUUAACUAUUGGUGCUCCAGUUUCUGCCCACAUCCAAAAGACAUGCAGGUUUGUCGCUAAAUUGGCCUCUGUAAAAUUGCCUGUGUUUAGAGUAGACGAGAAAGUGGGAUAACAUAAAACUAGUGUGAAAGGAUGAUCAAUGAGUGGGGUGAACUUGAGGGCUGAAGGGCUGAUGGUGUUUCCAUGUUGUAUCUUUAAUCCAAAUUGCACUUGGGAUAAAGGCUUUGGUCCACAAGUCUUUAAAAUGUAGCUAAGUCUCUGUAAUCCAAGUGACACAAAGGCACGCUGGUGGAGUCCCUUAGAAGCCACAAAGCCAUUGUCUUUUUUACAGAGGUUUAAGAUGGUAAUACUGACUUUUCCCUAUAUUCCCAGAAGUUUUACCACUAAAAUUCCCAUUGGAUAAACAUCAAAUUCAUAAAAAUCAUUGUGUUUCCAAAAAUGUUAGGCAUGUUAGGCAUUGGGACUAAAUUGUUGAGAGUCUUUACUUUACUAUAGACAGAGAUGCAGUGCGGAAACAGGCCAUUCUACCCACCGAGUCCGCGUCAACCAGAGAUCAACCCUUAGGCUAGAACUGUCCUACACACUAGGGACAAUUUUACAAUUAUCUAAGUUAUUUAACUAAGCAAAUUAUCCUACCAACCUGUACGUGUUUGGAGUGCGGGAGCAUUUGUAAUCAGGAUUGAACCUUGUAAGGCAGCAACUCCACCACAUCAUUACUGUGCUGCUUUUCUGUGGUGUCCAGUAUGGCUUGCAAUAUAAUAAAUUACUGGGAUUACUCUGUGAUGUUUCAAUCAAACAUAUUCUUCAAGUGGAAAAUAUUUAGUUUUCUAUAUUCUCAAAUGAAGGAGUAUUUCACGAAGAAUAGUUUCAAUCAAUAUACAUUGCAUUCCUGUGAGAUAUUUCAGGUGCUUCAAUCAAUAAGGUGCUAAAUUAUUGGAAGUAUUUGAAAAUUAAGUUUCCAAUUAAUUAAGCCCUCUAAAAUUUGAUGGAACCAUGUCAAGGUUUUGAGUGGCUGUGUUAAAUGCCAACCACCUCACAGUAGACUGCAAUCUGCCCAGCUGCAGAAUGAUAAAGUGCUCAGCUAUUUUGAAAUAAUAUGUGACAUCCCCAUUGUAAAACUAAAGCUAGUAACUGGAGGGAAGUCAGAAGGCAUUGGUGUGAAGUUACCAAAACGUUUAGAGUAAUACCCAGUCCUUGCAGAAGUUUCUGUAAAUCCAUAUUCCUGGGUAUUUAACAACUGACAGCAUCAGAGGUCACAUCUAAACAGGCCUCAGAAUUAUUGUUUUCAGUAAAACAAUUUCAACCAACAUGACAGACUCCGCUUUGCCAAUAGGAUUGCUCGCGACUUUUGUAAUAGCCUUCUGCAGAUCACAAGACAACACAACAUCUCAAACAGAGAUGUUUGAAGAAAACAAUGUUAUCUCAACAGCGCACUCUGCAUUGGAUCAAAACAAUUCUGAAUAUUCUUCUGCAAAUGCCAGCUUUAGCCAUUCAGAAAGAGUAACACCAUUUUUCAACAAAACAAAAGCAGUCACCAAGAAUCCUCUUCACACCUACUUGCCAUCGCAGUCAAGUGUCCCUGAGACUCCGUGGCCUUCCGAGAAAUCAAAAACAGUAACUGGUGAGGUCAACAAGGAAACUAGCAAGCCAAAAGAAAAUUUUGCAUCUAAAGAUGAAGUCUUAGAUUCUCAAUCUGUGACUGGUGAUCGAUCUGUUGUGAAUUCUUUAGAAUAUCGAACCAAAACAAUACCAACGCUGAUGCCUCCUCGCACCUAUAUUACCAGUACCGGAAAUACAUGUAUAAACCAAUCGGAUGUCUCUAUUUUUGGUAUUAAGGCAUGGAAAUUUGGAUUGAUUUCAGCUGCAUUGCCUAUAUUUCUCAUUGUAGAGGCCCUUGCUCUUGCCAUUUACUGCACCAAAUGCAAAAAGAGAGGCAGGUAUGUAACAUCAGCCAAAACCUGUGAGGAUAGUGAGGCUGCUGAAACAAUUAAUGCUGAAUCCAAUGAGAAUACAGUAACAAUGAACAACAUGGCACUCACACAAAUAAAUAAUCCUCUGGAAAUCUGAGACUCAAUUUUACAGAAGUGGAAAAGGAAACAAUGGAUGACUAUUCCUUAAACCCAUCUGCUCUAGUCACAAACUGCAAAGGAAAACAUAAUUGCCAAGACGUCAGCAUUUUAGAAGAGCAUUUUACUUUCUAACCUGCAAUUUCUGUCAGAACAAUUGUGAAUGAUUUCAAAUCAUAAAGUCAUAUAACUCAUGCUCUUGUACUUGUUUGUUGCUGAACACAGUGUUUUACUGAUUCAAUAAAGUUUUGUUUUUGGAACA